CGGCGGCCGGCUGUGGAGUGGUAAUCGUGUUUGUGCUCCUACCUAGCUAGGACUAUAUUUUUUGCACUAAGUUUUAUUUAUUUAUAGAUAUCAAUAAAGACGCGGUACUGUAUACUGUUUGCCCGUUAACAAAAAGAUUGAGCGGAUUGCAAGUGUGUCCAUUAAAUUCUGCAAGCGUGUCCAUGCCAGAUUACCCAUCGACGGAAGGCACUCGACGCCGGCUGCAGACCUCUCGUUUGGUUCGUAUAUAUAUUAUAUAUAUGAUCUUGAGUUCAAAGACAUCGCUCCAGAUACAUACACUUGUAUAUAUGUAGAUAUUAAAAGCUUAGUUAGUUAUUAGCGUAUGAGAGACAAUUUAGUUGGCUGCAGAUGUGUAUAUAUUAGCAGCAGAUGCAGAUGCCGCGUUUCCCAAUCAACUGCUCCAUCACAUCGCCACAGCACCGCGCCUGCCAAACCCUGCUGCGGCCAUUGUCGCGCGCUCGAGCGAGCUCACUGCAUCAGCCAUGUCCAAGGCCUUCGCCAAGUCCUGCUCCCAGAUCAACAAGGCCCUCAUCAGGAGGCUCAACGCCCUCGUCGUCCGCGCGCAGCCCCCGCCGGCGAGGCCGGACGGGCGCGUUGUGCCGACGACGCUGGACGCGCUCCCGGCGUGGCGCGGCGGCGGCGUCGCCGUGUGCAAGGUCGAGGGCGGCCUGCUCAGGUCCUCCUCCACCUUCCCCUACUUCAUGCUCGUGGCGCUGGAGGCUGGCGGCCUCCUCAGGGGCCUCCUCCUCCUGCUGCUCUACCCGGCCCUGCGCCUGCUCGGCCACGGCCGCGCGAUCAAGGCCAUGGCCGUCGUGAGCUUCCUCGGGCUGAAAAGGGACGCGUUCCGGGCGGGCAGGGCGGCGCUGCCCAGGCUGCUCCUGGAGGACGUGAGCGCCGAGGUGUUCGACGCGGCGGUGGCGUCCCGCCGGCGCGCCGUGUGCGUGAGCGCCAUGCCGCGGGCGAUGGUGGAGCCGUUCCUGAGAGAGUACCUCGGCGUCGACGCCGUCGUGGCGCCGGAGAUGAGGGAGUUGAGGGGGCGCUACCUGGGCGUCACGCAGGAUGAAAGCGAGGUGCUGCGAGGGCUGGACGUGGAGAAGGUGAUCGCCAGGGCGGAGAAGGGCGGUGACGACGUCGUUGGCGUUGGUGGACUCGGGUCCUCCUUUGUCCACCUCUUCCAAAACCAUUGCAAGGAGGUAUACGUGCCGACCGAGUCGGCGCGGCGGCGAUGGCACGCGCUCCCGCGGCGGCGCUACCCGAAGCCGCUCAUCUUCCACGACGGCCGCAUCGCGUUCCGACCGACGGCCGCCGCGACGCUCGCCAUGUUCAUGUGGCUGCCGCUUGGCGCGGCACUCGCCGUCGCCCGCAUCGCCUCCUUCCUCAUCCUCCCGUUCUCCCUCUCCGUGCCUCUCCUCGCGGCCCUCGGCAUGCACACCCGCGUCAUCGCCAACUCCUCCUCGGCGGCCACCAACCUCUUCGCCUGCAACCACCGCUCCCUGCUCGACCCCCUCUACGUGGCCGCGGUCGCCGGGCGCGCCGACCUCGCCGCGGCCACGUACAGCAUCAGCCGCCUCUCGGAGAUCCUGUCGCCGAUCCCCACCUUCCGCCUCACCCGCGACCGCGCGGCGGACCGCGCCGCCAUGCAGGCGAAGCUUUCCGGCGGCGGCGGGCUGGUGGUCUGCCCCGAGGGCACCACCUGCCGCGAGCCCUUCCUGCUGCGGUUCAGCCCGCUGUUCGCCGAGCUCGGCUGCGGCGUGGCGCCCGUGGCGCUGCACUCGUCGGUGGGCAUGUUCCACGGCACGACGGCGGGGGGCUGGAAGGCGCUGGACCCGCUGUUCCUGCUCAUGAACCCCGUGCCGGCCUACAUCAUGCAGUUCUUGGACACCAUCGAGAUCGAGUGCGACGGCGGCGGCGGGGGUCCGGAGGCGCCGUGCGCCGCGGCGAACGAGGUGCAGCGGCGGAUCGCGGAGGCGCUGGGGUACACGUGCACGGGGCUGACGAGGAGGGACAAGUACCUCAUGCUCGCCGGCAACGAAGGCCUCGUCGACGUCGACCACGGCGCCAAGAAGAAAACUACCGCUUCUACUACCCAGAACUAGUAGUGCGCUUAAAUUAAAGGCUUCAACGAAGGAUAAGAAAUAAAUAACAACAAAAGAGGUCAUCUAAACCUUCGUUUUGUGUUGUUCUGUGUUACUCCAUAUGAUGUGUAUAUACUCUCCUUUUCUUUUGAGGGGAUUGAUGUGUUGUGUAUAUACUCAAGGUAGCGUGCAAAAAUCGUGUGCGUGUAAAAUUUAACAGAUAAACUUUAGAUUAACAAAGAUGUCAGUUGGAUCAA